AUUUAAUUACAAAAAUCAAAGAGGCAAUAAUUACAUCCGACCCGUAUAAAACCUCUCGCAUGCCAGAUUGCAGCAUCCAUAUACACAGUAUCCAGAGACUGCAUAAUGUAUAUCCUAAUAUGCAUUGGUCUUCUCAUGACGACUCAUGUUGCGGCUCGAUCAGCCCUAGCGCAGAUGUGUGAUUCACCGGUAGACAUUGUGUUUCUACUUGACACGUCCGCCAGCAUAGGACAAACAAAUUUUGCCAAACAAAUCAACUUUAUACAUGAUGUUGUUGAUAUGUUAAGCAUCGGACCCGGGACAAGACAUAGUCGAGUAGCUGCUGUUUCGUUCAGUAGCAAUGUGGUAUACGAGUUCGGCUUCAAUGAUUACCAGAAUAAAGUGGCUGUCCUUAAUGCCGUUGACAAAAUCAAUUAUGUGUCAGGAUCGUCGACUAGAACCUACUUGGGCUUAGAAUACGUCCAUAAAACAGUUUUUGCAAAUGGAAAUGGCGAAAGGCCAGGUAUAGCAAAUGUUGUAGUAGUCCUCACUGACGGCAACACAAACCCUGGCCAUUCUCCUAUAAGUGGUCUGGAAGGGAAACAACUCACCCAAACUGCAGCGUCUUAUAUAAAAAGCCUACCAGCAUACGUUUUUGCCAUAGGAAUUGGAAGUGGUGUGGAUAAAACUGAGAUAGAAGGGAUGGCAUCCAAACCAUCUGCAACAUUCAGUAUUUUAGUUGAUUCCUAUGACAUCCUCGACACAUCAGUUAUCAAAAACACAGUUUUAACGAGGGUUUGUAAAAUUGUACCGACUGCUCCACCUGCUCCACCUGCUCCAACAACGCCACCCCAGAGAGAGGACCCAGCAUGCUACAAGAAAAAAGCUGAUGUGUUUUUCAUUGUUGAUACAUCAUCCAGUCUGAACGUAUUUGAAAAUGUUAAAAAGGAACUUAAUUUUGUGGGAGAUGUAAUAGAUGCUUUUGAAGUUGGAUCUGAUCAGGUGAGGGUAGGAAUGAUGACCUUUAGUAAUGACCCGGAAAUGUUAUUCCAAUUAGACGAUUUCAAAACAAAAGAGGAAAUCGCUAAAGUACUAAUGGAGAUGAAUGCUAAUGAUUGGAAGGGAGGUAAUACGUAUAUGGAUAAAGCUCUAAGGCUUUUAAUGAAAGAAGGACUAUCAACGUCACAUGGCAGCCGUGAUGGUGUUCCACAGAUAGCCGUAAUCAUCACUGACGGGAGAGCGACAGAUCGGAAGGAGUUUGAAAAGGCAGUCAAUGAGUUACGGCAAACUAAUUAUUUAGUAUUUGCCAUAGGUGUUGGACCUAAACGUGAUCCUGUUGAGUUGGAGAAAAUUUCGUCUGACGCAUCACGUGUAUUUGAAGUAGAAAAUGUACAAAGUUUGCAAGCAAUUAGACAGGAAUUGGUAGUCAAGUUGUGCGAACAAGGUGACCAGCCAGCACCACCCGUAGUGGGUUGUAAAGGGGCACAGGCAGACGUAAUCUUUGUUGCAGAUAGUUCUAGGAGUAUUGGAUCUGAAGCAUUUAACGAACUGAAAAAGUUUGCUGUUGAUGUGGUGAAGAGGUUCACUGUCAGUCCAAGUGAUAUACAAGUGGGCCUCAUUAUAUUUGGAAACGAUACCAAAUUUGAAUUUACAUUAGGUUCGUACAGAGACCAGGACGAAGUACUUAAGGCUAUAUCUAAUGUAAAGUACUUACAGGGAUUGCAGUUGACAUACACAAACAAAGCUUUAACCUUGCUAACUCGAUAUGGUUUCUCUAACCUAAAUGGCGGACGAGGUGGGAAGAUUCCUAAAAUUGCCAUUUUGAUAACGGAUGGUGAACCAACAGACAUUGAAGCAACACGCAUAGCAGCAGAGAAAGGGAAGCAAGAGGGCAUCAUUAUUUUCGCAAUAGGCGUCGGGCAAUACAUUGAUCAGACUGAAUUAGACUUCAUGGCUUCUUCUCCGACUGAAACUCAUUCUUUCGCAGUUGACAACUAUGCAGCUUUAUCAUCUAUUGAAGAAUCCUUAGCAGAAAAGACGUGCACAGCUUCAAGGAAGACAAAAAAGGGGUUAUUCUUUUAAAGAUGUAUGUGGAUCGUAUGAAAUGAAAAGAAAGUAUCACAUCCAAAUAAGCACUGUACCUAGAAUGAAUGUGAAUAAGAAACAGUAUAUGCAUUUUCCCCUGUAUUGUUACACAUAAUUAUUUAUUAAAGUAUGCAGCAUUAA